GUGAAUCGGGCUGACUCGCUCGCGUUUGUACUCCGCGAAUGUAGGUGGAGCUCGUUACAAUUUUAUUUCAUUUAUUUAACGCUCUCGUUCCACUUUUCCAAGCGACAGUUUCUUUUUUAAAUAUUUACGUUAAUAUUUUCUUUAUUAGUGUUUUCCUAGUGCUAUAUUGUGAUUGUGAAACAAAGCGUUGCGUGAUAGUUCAGUGUUAUGAUGUCAUGAUUAUUCUAUUCGAAUCCUUGGUGAAACAUGAGUGUCAGUGUCGAGGCGGACGUUCCGAGCCCUGUGUCCGAUGGGCAGAGUACGACCUUGGAUCCGACGUUGUCGAAAUCAUCGUCGGAAAGCCAAAGUUUGAAAGAGGAGAUUGAGGUAGGUCAGGAUGAGAAAUCUGAAUCUAGCACGCCCAAAAUUCACCCGAUGGCCUUCACGAUCGACUUUGGAGAGAGCAAACCUGUCGACAAUCGCAGACUUGAGCAGUUGGCUAAGAAGUCUCAGGCGCGUCAUCAGAGAGUUCAGUCCAUGUCCGCAAGUUUAACUAGGCAGAGCCCCACAGCCCAGCGUCCACCUAUGAGCGCUAAACUCCCUCGAAAGACCCAGGGCUACAAUUCGGAAGGCUACUUCUCAUCAGAUCAGGAGGAUAGUGGUCUAUCAGGUUCUAUCAAAAUUCGUAACUCCUUAGCUCAAAACCCAGCACAUACUAAUAGUCCUAUAACAAACAGGCACAUAAAAUCUCCUGUCAAUGAUGCACGCACAAAACAUGCCUCAAAGAGUCCUAUAGUUGACAGUAUAAUGUCAAGAAGUGACAAUUAUUCAUACUUGUCUCGGCAAGCUCUUAAUCUUCCUCUAAAGAGCAACACAUAUUCAAAGGAAAUGCAUCGUACACCAAGUUACAAUAACCUUUAUCAAACAAGACCAGUGACUCAUAUAGUAGAUGAAAGUCCUGAAGCAGUCCUUCUCACAGACAUAUCUAGCCCGGAACUUGACAUAUUGACCCCUGAUAAUGGGGUGCCCACUCCUGAGCACUAUAAAAGUCCAUCAACAAGAAAAGGUCGUGCCACAUCAGAGACACCUGACCUAUUCAAGAAGUGCAUGAUAAAAGAAACAUUGUAUAUUGAUGAUGAAGUUGAUAGGGAAUCCAAUAACUCCUCGACCGGUACAUACACCAUUGAAGGAGAUAAUUAUACGGAAGAGCAGAAGGCCAGAAUGAGCAUUGACAGAAAUUUUGAUACAAAAUUGAUCAAGGAUGAAGAAAUAUUUAAACAACGUAGUAGAGACCCUGAAUUGAUUUUAGACUUCACACAGAGAGUGAUCACAAAAGAGCCAAGAAGAGAUACAUAUCUCAGGAGUCCAGUGGAAGCAAAUAAAGGUUUUAAUGUCCCCAAAGUAUCUAAAGACAAAAAUGUUCUAGAGAUCUCUUGCUGUUAUGAAUCGCCCACUGAGAAUGAUCUUGCAACACAAACAUCUAAGCAAAUUAAAUCAACUAGAAGCUACUUAGAGAAAAUAAAGAAUAGAGUGAGAACUAUAACUGAGAAAACUUUUGCAAAAUCACCACCGAUCCACGGUGAAGAACCAGAUUUUGGGAGCUUCACCUCUGUUACAACUUCAGGGGUGUUAAGUUCGAAAAACCCUUCGAAAUUGGUCACGUCAUCAGGGAGGCGAUGUAGCUUAACUAAAUCAGAAAUAGACCAAACUGACUAUAUACACAGAUUGUCAAGAGAGUCAUCAGUACCUGUUUCUCUACCGAGCUCUAAACUGAAGUUGGAAAAUGCAGAAUUUGAAAGCACAGCACUGAGAAAUGCUCAGAAGGCCAUGAGGGAUGAUAGCGGAGUGUCUUCUGAUAUAACACCAGAUCAGGCUGUCGGUCAACUGUCUUAUAUAUCAAUGAACCGGUGCAAGGGUGACAAGACCUGGAUUCACGACUGGGCGGAGAGUGUCAAGAAGUAUAACAAUAACAUGGCCACUGGAUCUUAUGCUAACACUGAUUGUGAUCGUCCUCCUCUCAGCCCUCGACAUAUCAGUAAACCUCGGAGUCCGCACGGCGACACACCGACCAAGAUCCCGAGCCCCGUCGGCACAUUACUACACAGAAGGACACCGGAUCUCAUACCCACCCAAGAAACGGAGUCUUAUUUGCUCAAAACGCAAAACGCAAUAUCGAAUCUUCAAGCUAAACUACAGUCAUCUAGGACGAGCAACUUUUCCAGUAUACCGUCGCAACUCACCACCAGUAUGAUCAGCGAGAAGACAGCCAUAUCCCGACUUCCGAUCUCGCAGCUUAGCCGCUCCAACUCGCUCAACUACCGUCUCCGGAAGAAGGAUAACUCAGGAGACAGCAGUCCCCUCCGAAGCCCCGGACAUUACGUGAUCACUGGGUCAACGAAAAUCCCCGAAACCACGCAAAUUCUUCUCAAUAACGCUUCCCGGUCACUGGAGACGGAUCGAAAGAAAUACGACAGCAACAUGAAUAGUCCGUCUUCUGAUAGGGGCGGUCUUCUAAGCACCAGUUCCGAUGACAAGACGCUGUCAAAUCGCUACGACGUUGAGGCUAUACUCUCGCCGCACAGAAAACACGCAAGGCACAAAUCCGCGGAUGUAAGGCACAGCGAGAGGAACUUGGACAACGCCAGUCAAAUGAGACUGAAGAAUACAUUAAGGAACAACGUACCGGAAGAAAACUCUCAGAGGAUCGAUCAAAUACGUUGUCAGGGAAACGCCAAAGUUAGGCCCGACAUAACGUCUACGAUCCGACGUUCGAGCUCUUUUAACACUGUCAAUAAGAAUAACAAUUAUAUCGAAACGAGACAUAAUUAUAGAAGACCCAGCGGUCAGUCUGAGGAGUGCAAUUGCUCCGAUGAUUCAGACAAUGUUUCUCUCGGUAAAUGCAAAGAUUACAAAUACAAAAUGCUCCGAGGCAGGUUAGACUCGGCCGAGUUGAAGUCAGCAGUGCCAGCCAAUUCGCCAAAAUGUCCUAAUACGCCAGAAAUGCAGCGGAAAUUCGGACAUGGCCUGGUGAGGAAUUCGGUUAGAGUCACGACUAAAGAGAGGGGGAGCGUCCCAAGGUCCGAACCUUUGAGGGAUGAGAGAAACAAACCAAUCGGACACCAGAGCAGGAGGAUAUCGGAGCCGACGCGGCAGGCCAUGAUCAGUCGGCUGACAAAGUCCAGAUCUUCAACGAGAGAGGUGCAAUUGAAGACCCAGGAAAAAGGUCAAAAGAAACCAAGCCAGCACAGGUCUUCAUCAGCGUUAGCCACAAAGGAGGUGGAAUUCUCCAACUGGAAGAAGCGCUCUUCCUAUGACCCGAUGAAGGCGGCCCAGGAAGGCAGGAGACGGCAACAGAUGUCGAAACGGCAGGAAAAUAAGGACGAUCUCAGUUCCCCUAGUCACUCGUCUCCGGUGCAUCGAUCGCAGUCGUUCCACACGACCAAUAUAGCGGAUCUGACCCUGGACUACACCUCCGAGGAGUCCGAAGACGACCUCCACGCGUUACCCGUCGACCCGAUGAUCACCUCCACGCACUCCGACAUCGUCGAGCUGAGGUCCAGGGACUGCCACAGUCUGAGGAGACAGGCCCUGAACAGCGACGUGAAGCUGGGCAGGAGUUAUGUGGCUAAUUUUCAGGUGAACCAACAGGCGGACAAGAAAAGGCGGGAACAGGACAAAAGAAAGACGUUCAUAUUGGAUGACGUCACGCCCACCAAAGAGAAUAUAGACUUCAUUACAAAGACAAGAGACGAUGUCGCCAUAGACAAGAGGAGAACUUUUGUUCUAGACAGCGACACAAACUCCACCACAAACGGCAGCAGUCCAAGGAACUCUUCUAUAUUUAGUCAUGAAAAACACUCCUUGACGACUGGUACUAGCGACACGGAGGGCGAGAGUGGAACAGAGAGUGCUCCUGUGGUGUUGAGGCACCCGGGCGCAAAGAGAGGCACCGUCCCUCCCAAACAGAGGUACAGCGGUGAUUUCUCGAUGACCUCGUCCACCACGUCGAUAUCGCAGAAGAAGCCCAAAGACAUCCAGCCCCGUUACAUGGAUAUCUCGAAGUACAAAAAUGACACCUCCCCGAAGAACUUCCUGAGGAGGGAUCCCAGCAAGACCUACGUUGGUGUUCUAGGCGAAAAUAAAAUCAGCCGAGGAAGCGCGCAGCAUUAUGAAAUGGAACAAAAGAAACAAGAGUUAGAGAAGUGGAAACGACGAGCUUCUUACGAUCCGAGGAAGGCGGCCGCGCUCGGGAAGACCAGCAAGCCGGCUCCGAAGACCGCCAGUAGCGUUCUCCGUUCGCAGUCGUUUCACGGACCGGUGCUGGCGUCGUCGACUACCCGCUACUGUCCGCCUACAGAUAUCACCGAAUUAUACGACGCAUCGAGCGACAACGAUUUCUAACCUUGGAACCUCGAUAAUCUUAACUGUACAGAAAUAAAAAUCAAGGGAAAUACCGUCCGAUCCGAAUGAGGCAGACGCCAAUCUAUACUACUAUAUAAAUCUACAGUGGUUUUUACGUAUGUUCCGUUAUAACUACUGAACCGUGCAUCCGAUUGACUUGAAACUUGGUAUCCAUGUAAAAAAUACAUG